GUUUUAGUUUAUCUUCCGUUGUCUACAGCAGACGUUUGAAAUUUCCCUCUCAAAUCCCUAGAUUUUCCUUAAUUAUUACCAUAUAUUGUUAGUGGAUUAGUGCUAUGGCACCAACGACGCGUAAGAAAACCGCCACUGCAGUUAAACUGAAGGCAAAGCCUUCAGAUGCAGCCAAAAAACGAUCUGCUAAAAAGAUUGAGAAGAAACCAACUCCAGCAAAGGUUACUCUUCGCAGAACAAAGAGAAAAAUUGUAAAGAAAAAAAUAGAAGACGCUUCGGAGGUGAAACGUACAAAACCAACGGGAACUCCUAAGAAGAAUGUUCAGAAAAGGCGCGCCAUUGAAAAAUCGCCCAACAAGCGUCAAAAGCUUUUGGAUGAGAAUGAAAAUUGUACGCCAACGAAACGCGGUCGUAAGAAAACAACGCCUAAUGAUACUUCUCAUAUAACGCCCAAGGCUAAGAAAACAAACGAUCGAUCAAAACAGAAUAGUCUUUCGAAACGGUUAACUCCAAUAGAAAAAAAAGCGAAGCCUCUCAAAAAUCAAAAGAAAGAGAUUUCUGACAUUAUCAAAGAGAAUCAUGACUAUAUAAUGGAAGAAGUAAACAAUGUAGAGCCAGAAGAAAUUAUAGUAAAAAAAUUUGUAAAAAAUGAACAAAAUUGGCCCUCGAAUAGAUGGGGUCAAAGAAUGACUUCUUUAAAUAAUCAGGAAUGUGUCAUGUUUGGGGGGCAGGGUUUUGGUAGUAAACUCUCAAAAGAUUCGUUUUGGUCAUACAAUCAUCAAACUGAUAAAUGGCAAACGAUCGAAGAUGAAGACAACACGAUCCCACCGGCUAGAACAGGUCAUGCUGUUGUAUUCGACGAGUUAACUAAAUGCUUAUAUCUAAUUGGUGGUAGUAAGAAUACUAGAUGGUUUUCUGACGUCCACGUGCUCGAUACCAUACAAUGGAAAUGGCGGGAAGUAAAGUAUAGCGGCGACGCACCAUUAGUUAGCUAUCAUUCCGCAACAAUGUUUAGAUAUGAAAUAUGGGUUUUUGCCGGUAUUACUCCGAAAAGCAAGGAAAACCCGGAUGAAUGUAGUAAUAGCCUCUUCGUCUUUAAUACCCUUGAAGAGUUAUGGUACAAGCCAGUAACUAUGGGAUCUCCUCCUGCUGCAAGGUCGGGUCAUUCGGCUGAUUUAAUUAACUAUGAUCGGCUAAUAAUCUUUGGUGGCUGGGAUUCUCCGAAGUGCUUUAACGAUGUCCAUAUAUUGGAUUUGGGAGUGGGUGAAUGGGUUAAACGUGAUAUUUUAGGCCCCCCUCCAGAGCCCAGAACUUGGCAUGCAUCAUGCUCAUUCUCAAACAAAGUUUUCAUUCAUGGUGGUUACAAUGGUGAUAUCGCACUUAGUGACUCAUUUAUUCUCGAUACAAAUUUAUCUUCAUGGCAAUGGACAAAGCUAAAUGUUCCUAAGACUUUAUGUGCUUUAACUGGCCAUAGCUGUUGCUGUUACGAGUCCGAUCCUUAUAUUAAGUUAUUGAUAUUUGGGGGUGGCGAUAACGAAGGGGAGUUUUAUGAUUCUUUUUAUGAAAUACGACUACGCGCUUAA